AUGGCCAAGCUGUGUCGCCUGGUGCAACUUAAUGAUCGUUUUAAUUCUCAGGUAUUUACCUUCACUUUACCAGGGAAAAUUACGAGGGAAUUUACACCAGAUACUUACGCCAAGGAAUUUGUGUAUGGUUUUCAGAAAUGGGUUGUGUCUUUUAUAAGAAGUGAACGUCACAUUGGUGCUUUUCUCCGGUUGCAGACUGCUGCCAAGGACACAACAUGUGGCUUAGACUUUACAUUCACAGCAUUAAACAGGGAACAUUUUACAAGAAACGAGUCUAUACCAUUUAAAGGUAGUCAAUUUACAUUUCAUGAACAUACUCAUGGGCGAAAAAACUUUAUGGAAAUGGAUGACAUCGUGCACAGGAAAUUUCUGCAGGACAACGGUGAUAUAUUAAUAGAGUUAGAAAUGAGAAAAAUAAACUGCUUAUAUGAAAAUCAUAUGAAAAUGAUUAAAGAAGGUCAGUCUCGUCAUGGUUAUGGUGAUCGUCUGGAAACAACCUAUUUUUCUUUUGGUCUCUUUGAUUGGAGUAUUUCUCUAUUUCCGGAUGUUACGUCUACUGAAGCUGAUGGAAGUGUUGCGGUGCAGCUUCAACGGCACACAAGUUUUGAUCACAUGUGUAACGUGAAAUAUAGGGUGAUUUUAGGCGACGAUGCAUCUUUUGAUUCUGGUGAAUUAACUCAGAUGCUUGAUGCCUCAGGAUUUGGUGAUCCAUUUACUGUUGGUGCUUCAAUUUCUCGUCUGUCGCGUGGUAAGAGUUCUCUUAAAGUGAAGGUGGAAAUGAUGUCGGUUGUGUCUGUUAGUGAGGUACCUCUCCCAGUAUCCAAUAAUUCUAAAGGAAGAGCUCACUGUUAUGAUCGAGAUAAACAGGCCUGGAUGUUGGAGACCGAUACUUCUGGCAAAUUCCUCUCAUUUCGCCUGUAUUAUACAGAUAUAUCUCAUGUUCCACGGAGAUUUUGUAGAUAUGUUGUGUGGGAUUUAUCAAUUGUGUGUGGUAAUAAAGUAGUAAAGGUUGGUGAAGGUCCAUACAGUAAAUAUUAUAUACAACAAGAUCUUGACGAAGGAUUCUUUAUGAGAACGAACAUCGCUAUAGAUGAGCUUUCAGACCCAGACAAUGAGUUCAUUGAUUUGAAUGAUAAGAAAUUAACAAUUUAUAUACAAUGGAUCCAAUCGCAUCUCCUUGUCUUCCCUAAUUAUAAUAAUUUGGACGAUGUUACUCGUCUUCAUAAACAUCAAAUGGGACGAGAAAUAAUGGCCUUACAAGCCGAGAAUUAUGCCUUAGAGAAACAACUAUAUAGUUACCAACAGUCUAUUGCGAAAACAAACUCGUUAAAAACCAGGCAAAAUUCAGAUCCUCUACUACGCCAUUAA